UUUAUUUUAUCGCAAAUAAUUUUCGGGGUUAUUGCAUUAUUGUUACGCAUUAUAAUUUCAAUAGGUACGGUUAAGGAACCUGAGGUUAUUCUGGGUACAAUUUUGGACCGAACGUUCGCAAUUUCGCAUAUUCGCAAUUUCGCAUAUUCGCAAAUAAUUUUAAUAAUUUUAUUUUUUGUUACGCACUUUUAUAAUUUCAUAAAUACGCAAAAUGGAGGAUUUUCAACGUAAAUUGAAGAUUCUUCACGCAAAAAAGGACGCGAUAUUUCAGAAAGUGAACAGCAUUUACGAGCUUUCUUUAAAAGUGACAUCAUUUGUGGAUACUCGGUCAAACGAACACUUCAUGAUCGAGUCGGAAUCUAUUGACGCAUUACAUUCCAAAUUUGAGGCUAUUGUGGACAGCAUAAACGAAUUUACUUUGUUAGAAAACGCAUCAGCUGUGCCUGAUUAUAGCCCAAUGAUAGCUUUUGAGGAUUUAUACACUCGCAUCAAACGGAUGAGGAACAAGAUGAGUGCCUCUUCAGCCGCGUCAUCAAAACCGGAAACGCAUACUCAUAAGAUCAAAUUACCACCGAUUGACAUUCCGUCAUUUGAUGGUAGCAUGGAAAAAUGGCCGGUUUUCUAUGAAUCCUUCAAGGCCAAUAUACAUCAUAAUCCCCAGCUGACUGACUCGCAGCGUGUGCAGUAUCUGGUAGGGAAACUUACGCAUAAUGCCCUCAAAAUUACUGCUGGCAUAAUUCCGACUGGUGAUACUUAUCGCGUACUUUGGGACAGUCUGGAAAAGAAAUAUCAGGACAAGCGUCGAUUAGGCAUCCAUUACUUAAGUAACAUCUUAGAUUCCAAAACUUGUACAUCAUCUGCGGGAAGUUUGGAUAAUUUCAUACAACGGUAUGCCUCUUCGGUUGCAGCUCUAAAACAGUUAGGCAUAGAGGAUUUGACUGAUUUUAUAUUGCUCCAUUGUGCCCUACGCAAGGUUGAUGGGCAAACAGCUCACGCCUUCGAAUUUUCAGUAAGAGGUAAGGAGUUGCCCACCUCAGAUGAUUUUAUAACAUUCAUGCAAGAUCAAACUAAGAUUUUGACACUUUCUAAUAACUUCAAUAGUUCGAAUUCGCAGUCGAACACUCGCGGCUCGAAUAAACCAGCUGCGACUUCUUAUAAAUCUUUUAUAUCAAACGCAAAUAAUAGUGACAGUUCUUGUUUAUACUGUAAUGAUGGCAACCAUAAAAUUUACAACUGCAACCAAUUCAAAGGUUUAAGUUCUCCGCAAGAUAGGUUUGAUUUUAUUAAAUCCAAAAAUAGUUGUGUCAACUGUCUUAGCGCAUUGCAUACGUUAACUAAUUGCAAAUCCACAUCAGUUUGCAAACAGUGCGGUAAGAAGCAUAAUACACUUUUGCAUUUUGAGACGAGUAAUGAUGAUGUUCGCAAAAAUACGCAUACGCAUGCUGUGCACAUGAGCACGUCCGCAUCGGUUCAUUCCGCCGCAAUGGACUCGAACCCGGAAUUGCGCGCAGUGAGUCGCGAACCCGUGCAGCUUACCCAUACUGCGGGGAGCGCAGCUUCGAAUGAGAAGCCACCGCAAGGCGGUUCUUCGCUGUCUUUUAGCGCUAAUUUAAAGCCUACUUCUACUAUUUUACUUUCAACCGCGCAAGUAUAUGCCAUGCAGCCUAAUGCUAACAAUUAUAAACGCAUUAUUCGAUGUUUGAUAGAUAAUGGCUCUCAGAACAAUUUGAUUACAGUCGAGUGUUGCAAAUCUCUGAAUUUAGUUGUCAUUCCACUUACGAAUUCAUACGUAAAGGGUGUUGGUUCAUCAUCGAGGCCAAUACGUGGAUACGUGGACAUGGUGAUUCAGUCGCGCAUUGAUUUGAACAAUAAAUACCGAAUACAGGCAUUAGUGGUAGAUUCUGUAACUGAUCAACUGCCUUCGCACUUUAUUGAGAAUUGUAACAUGGAGUAUUUGAAUGAUUUGCCGUUAGCGGAUCUUACCUGGAAUGUGCCUGGUAAUAUAGACCUAGUUCUAGGAGCGCAACUAUUUCCGUAUAUUUAUCUGGGAAAUCGAGUGGAUUCUGGCUCACAAGCUCCGCCAGCUUUAUCUACUGCUUUUGGUUACGUGCUCAUGGGAGGUAGUCAAGGUGUUAAUAAUAUGGCAACUUCAUUCUCAGCAUUGGCGCUAGAUGAAAUGGUACAUAAGUUUUGGCAAUUAGAGGAGUUACCGGUCAAAGGUUAUUUGAGCCAGGAAGAUACGAUCUGCGAGAAUUUAUUCGCAUCGUCUGUCUCGCGAGAUGACACCGGUAGAUAUUGCGUAUCUUUACCUUUCUCCAAAGAUCCUAGUAACUUAGGCAAUUCACGCACUCCCGCCCAGCGACGAUUUAUGGCCCUGGAAAAGAAGUUUAAACAGGAUCCUUCGUUGCAAGAGCAAUAUAAUAAGGUGAUCCAAGAUUACAUUGAUAACGAUUACCUGUCUGAGGUUACUUCGGAUAACGCUGAUGAGGGAUAUUAUAUUCCACACCACGCCGUCGUGAGACCUGACAAACCCAUGCCGCGCAUAGUACUAGAUGCGAGCGCGAAGACACACACUGGUGUGUCCUUGAAUGACGUUCUUCACGUCGGUCCUAAUUUACAGGCCGAUCUGUUUCUUUUAUUACUUGAUUUUAGACUUUUUCCAAUAGCCAUUACGGCUGAUAUUAAACAAAUGUAUUUGCAGAUUGGUGUUAUUGAUGACCAUCGCAAAUAUUCAAAGAUAUUGUAUCGCUUUCAUGGCAAUGAGCCUAUCCGCACAUUUCGGUUCAACCGCGUCCCAUUUGGACUUAAAUCAAGUCCAUUCCUAGCUAUGCGCACUGUGCGACAGCUAGCGUCUGACUUGAGCACAGAAUAUCCUAUCGCAGCUAGUAUUGCUGAGACUAAGUUUUAUAUGGACGAUCUCGUUCAUUCUGUUCCUGAUGAGAAGACUGCUGCUUGUUUGGCGCAAGAAUUGAUCUCGCUAUUCAAGUCCGGUGCAUUUGACUUAGUCAAAUGGUGUAGCAACUCUCGUACGUUAUUGGAGAAUCUCCCUGAGUCACACCAGAGUCCUAUAAACUUUUCAGAAGGAAACAAUGUCUCCUCUAAGAUCCUUGGUCUUUCAUGGGAUCCAGUAAAUGAUUCCUUCCAUUUUAAAGCAUCUCAGAUGAUUGAGAAAUGCACAAAACGGAAUAUUCUUUCGGUUGUGGCCCGCCUGUUCGAUGUGCUCGGUUUGAUAGCUCCGGUUAUAUUAUACGCUAAGCUGCUUAUUAAAGAGCUUUGGCUUAGUAACGCAGGCUGGGACGAUACACCGUCCAAAACAAUAGUACAACGUUUUUCUGCAUUAAUCCAAGAGCUACCCUUGGUUUCCACUGUGAAAAUUCCACGUCAUAUUGGGGUUUCUGAUAGUUCUGUUGUGAAUAUCGUUGCCUUCUGCGACGCAAGUAUGAAUGGUUACGGUUGUGUUGUUUACUUGCAGACGAUAGAUCAGGAAAAUAUAACAGUCAGAUUAUUAUGUGCCAAAUCAAAGGUCUCGCCUACAAAAAUUCAAACGCUCGCGCGUCUCGAGUUGUGCGCAGCGCUUUUAAUGUCCAAGUUAGUAAAACUUGUGGCUGAUACUUACCGCAAACGCAUUCCUAUCGCAAAUAUAUACGCAUUUUCUGAUUCUACGAUCGCAUUGUCGUGGAUACGCUCGUCACCGCAUCGAUGGUCGGUGUUCGUGAGCAAUAGAGUCGCGCAAAUACAGGAGAAUAUACCUCCAGAUAAUUUUCAUCAUGUCAGAGGAGAAGAGAAUCCGAGUGACUGUCUCUCUAGAGGCUUAUUGCCUUCUCACCUCGUUAAUAACGAUUUAUGGUGGCAAGGACCCACAUGGAUGCAAUCGCUACCAUCGGAGUGGCCUCUCGCAUCUUUUUCUCCUACUGAAUGUAUUGAUUUACCUGAACAUAAGGCUAGCACAUUUAAUUAACUUUUAACAUUUCUGAGGUGUACCCUGGUACAGAUGGUGUCACUCGCGUAGCGAGGGUUAGGACCAAAUAUGGUAACCUUAAACGUCCUGUCGUGAAGUUGUACCCAGUACCUACGCAAUAAUAUAUUUUACUUUAACGCAUUUAAUUCUUUAUUGUUAAGUUAUUAGACUCGAGGUCUGAGUUCUUUUGAUUUAUUUUUUCUUCUUUGAAUUUACACCGUUGCAUUGCAAGGAUUGCAACGUAUUAAGUUCACAUUAGUAAGUUUUUUGAAAGGUUCUGCGAACUUCCAAGGCGGGGAGUAUGGUUACGCAGAUGUACGCAGUUUUAUUCUUAUUUUUAAUUCCCGAAUAGUUUUGUCUGCAGGUAGAAAACUGUUUGGUUUCCACAUCUCUGUGGUCAUUCUUGGCGUUUCUGAACGUCAAGCUUUGACACACUUCACCGUAAAAUCUUUAUCGCAACGCACAUCUUCGCAGUCUCGCGAGUGAAAAAACCGCACUUUUAUCUCCCGCAAAUCGCAUCAUAACGCACAACGCAUCUACGCAAACCAUCUACGCAUUCAAAGCCCAAAUUGCUCGUGACCCGAACCCCCUGCAGGGGAAGUGAAGCCGAUCCAUCUUCAUCCCGGAGUGUCCCGGUGCCCAGCAGUGGUCGAGCUGACGGAAGGGGACCCGAGAUUGGCUCAGAGGUUAGUGGGACCAACUAUUUCUCCUCUGCAGGCAAAAUCAUUUGGGAAACGUAAUUUGGACUUCCGAUUAAGAUCCCGCCUGGUGUGGCUAUUUACACGCCACACC